AGUCGAUGGUAUGGUCACCAAAGUUCAUCAGUCGUUGUGGCAAAGUCAAGAGUGGAUUUUGGAUUAGCUGGGACACCGGAGUUAAGUACACAUAUUACAUCAUCAUGAAGUUCUACAUGGGAUUGGCGGCGAUUGUGAUGGUUUCUCUAGUUAAACCAGGAGAGGCCACCUUUGGCAAACUGAAUCUUCUGCUUGGAGGAGCAACCACAUCGGGCUAUGGAUCUGGAUAUGGUUAUGGCUCUGGUUAUGGCUCCGGCUAUGGCUCUGGCUAUGGAUAUGGAUCGGGCUAUGGAUCAGGCUAUGGUGCUGGCUAUGGAUAUGCUCCUGAGAACGUGGUGAAAGUGAUCAAGGUGUCGGUGGUGCCAAGCGGUGGAGUCGGAGGAGGCUAUGGCGGCGGCUAUGCUGGAGGCUAUGGUGGUGGCUACUCUGGUGGCCUCUCCGGUGGUUUUGUGGGAGCUGCUCCGGCCAUUUCUACAUCCGCUGUGGUUACUCCGGUGGUCACUUCAGUGUCCACGCCAGUGGCAGCUCCUGUUCUUGCCGGUGGUGCCGGCUAUGUGAGUGGUUUCGGAGGUGGCCUGACCGGAGGUUUGGGUGGCUAUGGAGGCUCUUUCGGUGGUGGUGCAGCUCUGCCCGCCUCCUAUGGCUUUGGAGCUGGUUAUGGCGCUGGCGGUGGCUUUGGACUGGGAUUCGGAGCACCACCACCACCAUUGGGUCUGGCUGGAGGACUUUGCUAGAGAACGAGGAAACUACAGCUUCGAGUGGUACUUUUUUUUUUUGAUAAUUUUAAAAAACGAUUUGUAAUUAAAAGUUAACGAUUUAUAAUAAAAUGUAUAAAUAACGAGUAAACAUCUUAAGAGACGUUAGAACAAAACUACUGCAUUGACAAGCCCAAAAGUCUGCUAACAAAAGAUGUACCCAAGAAACUAAAGUUCUAUUUUUUAACUGACAUUCCAGUUUUUUCUACUCUUUUAUUCACCAAAAACUGGCGUUUGUAAUCUUGGCAUUUUGCAAUUUGAAAGCUUGACAAUUACAAAAUAAAAAUUUCGCACCUAAUUGAAGAAGCCACCGCCCCCACCCUGAUGACCUUCGUUUUGGACCUCUGAAUGAAAUCGAGAGUUGAGUGCUGUUUACGCACUCAGUUAGCCGGCUUUAACCCUUUCCACCGCCCUUAACCCAACAAGCCGCAGAUCGUGAGCCCAACGAAACUGUUAAUGGUAAUCAAGUGCCAAAAACCAAAAGCAAAACCAAAGUCAAAGUCACAAGAGCCAAGCCCAAAAAAAAGAUACGAGAAUGUUGUACGCCCGUUGGGUGC